GAUUAUUUAUUUUCGAUUUUAACUGGUUAUAUGGAUGCGCCAGCUGGUGUCGAAAUUCGCGAUGGUUUAUACUAUAAUCCCUACUUCCCUGGUGGUGCAAUUUCCAUGGCAAAGGCUUUAUUUGACGGAUUAGUUGAAUACGAAGAUGGUACUCCCGCAACUACAUCUCAGAUGGCCAAGGAUGUUACAACAUUUCUUUCAUGGGCUGCGGAGCCUGAACACGAUGAUCGUAAAAAAAUGGGAGUCAAAGCAAUUAUCAUCAUAUCAAUUUUGACCGCUUUUUCGCUUUGGUUAAAACGAAACAG